AUGAUUGUCAUCAGGGUGAAUGAGUCAGCCACACAGACACAUGUCAUCAGGGUGAAUGAGUUGACCACACAAAGGUGUUCAGCCACACAGACACUUGUCAUCAGGGUGAAUGAGUCGGCCACACAGACACACGUCAUCAGGGUGAAUGAGUCAGCCACACAGACACAUGUCAUCAGGGUGAAUGAGUCGACCACACAGACACAUGUCAUCAGGGUGAAUGAGUCAGCCACACAGACACAUGUCAUCAGGGUGAAUGAGUCAGCCACACAGACACAUGUCAUCAGGGUGAAUGAGUCGGCCAAACAGACACAUGUCAUCAGGGUGAAUGAGUGGGCCACACAAAGGUGUUCAGUCACACAGACACUUGUCAUCAGGGUGAAUGAGUCGACCACACAAAGGUGUUCAGUCACACAGACACAUGUCAUCAGGGUGAAUGAGUUGACCACACAAAAGUGUUCAGUCACACAGACACAUGUCAUCAGGGUGAAUGAGUCGACCACACAGACACAUGUCAUCAGGGUGAAUGAGUUGACCACACAAAAGUGUUCAGUCACACAGACACAUGUCAUCAGGGUGAAUGAGUUGACCACACAAAAGUGUUCAGUCACACAGACACAUGUCAUCAGGGUGAAUGAGUCGACCACACAAAGGUGUUCAGUCACACAGACACAUGUCAUCAGGGUGAAUGAGUCGACCACACAGACACAUGUCAUCAGGGUGAAUGAGUCGGCCACACAGACACAUGUCAUCAGGGUGAAUGAGUCGACCACACAGACACAUGUCAUCAGGGAGAAUGAGUCGGCUACACAAAGGUGUUCAGUCACACUGACACAUGUCAUCAGGGUGAAUGCGUCGGGCACAGAAAGGCACUGUAGCUCACCUGGACCAAACUGA